GUACGUUUCAGGAACUAUUUUACUUUUAACAACAUUCUAUCCAUCCUUAUCCAACCAAACUUGCAAGCGGUCGCAUAAAGAAUAAUCCGAAACGAAAGCUUGCCGAAUAUUUCUUCCGGCACAAGAAACACAUCUAACCUCAUUUGCCAAAUAUGAUGCAAUUGUUGUGUUUCAUUUGUUUGGUCGAACGCGCCAGUUGAUUUCAUUUGUACCUUCAAUUUACAUUCCAGAUAUCGUAGAAGAAGCUCAGAAUGGCAACACAGUUUUUGAACCGCAUUGGCCAGCUUGGUCUAGGAGUGGCCGUCAUCGGUGGAGUUGUAAACUCGGCGUUAUAUAACGUUGAUGGAGGACAUCGUGCCGUAAUUUUCGAUCGAUUCACUGGUGUCAAACAGCUGGUGACCGGCGAAGGAACACAUUUUUUCGUGCCGUGGGUUCAGCGUCCGAUUAUUUUCGAUAUUCGCUCCCAACCACGCAACGUACCGGUGGUGACCGGUAGUAAGGAUCUGCAGAACGUAAACAUCACGCUCCGUAUUCUGUUCCGGCCGGUUCCGGACCAGUUGCCCAAGAUCUACACCAUCCUGGGUCAGGAUUACGAUGAGCGCGUGUUACCUUCGAUUACGACGGAAGUUUUGAAGGCGGUGGUGGCCCAGUUUGAUGCUGGCGAGCUGAUCACACAGCGUGAAAUGGUAUCGCAGAAAGUGUCGGACGAUCUGAUGGAACGUGCGGCACAGUUCGGUGUGAUUCUUGACGACAUUUCCAUCACGCAUCUGACGUUCGGCAAGGAAUUCACGCAAGCCGUCGAAAUGAAGCAGGUUGCCCAGCAGGAAGCGGAGAAGGCUCGGUUCAUGGUCGAGAAGGCGGAACAGAUGAAGCAGGCCGCAAUCAUUACUGCCGAGGGUGAUGCACAGGCCGCCCAGAUGUUGGCCCGUUCGCUGAAGGAAUCUGGUGAUGGUUUGAUUGAACUGCGACGAAUUGAAGCUGCCGAAGACAUUGCCUACCAGAUGAGCCGAUCGCGUGGCGUCAAUUAUCUGCCCGCUGGCCAACAGACGCUGCUUAGCCUUCCACAGUAACCGACUGGUGGUUAGGAAAGGACCAACAGUGUUCCCGCUAUCUUACCUUACUAAGUGUGUGUCAUUGCGAAGAAUAUGGUUUAAGUCAAAUGCUGUUUUCCAGAAAAGUCAUCAGCACGCAAACCACGCAUUUGUUGGGCUCAAAAUGUUCCGGCUGCGAUGAACGGUGGACUAUUUAGAGGAACGAAUUGUUUCAUUUGGAGAACCUCUGCCACGAUAUGAUCAUCCUGCUCGCAUUACUAGCGUUAUUCAUCAGAAAAGUGCAUUUGGAACAUUUGUUUAACCGGUGGUUUAUAAUAGGGAUAACAUUAGAGAGUUGUCGGGGAAAGAUGUCCAGUGAACAAUCUUUUACGUCACACGGAAGCUUAGCUGUACAGGGCAUUUAAAGGGGAGAAAAGUAAACAUC